AUCGAUUGGAUUUGGCAGCUCUCCCACCCGACUUGCAAUUCCAUCAACCUCUCCCUCAGCUCAAGUGCAGAUCUGUAAUUGCAUCCGUGCUCUUGAAUCUUGAGAAUCGUUCACAAAUACGGAUACCAAUUAGAAUUCAGCAAUAUGUCACAACAACCACUUUCCUCGUCGGUGCAGCCGACCGACAUCUAUGGCGGAGAUGAGGUUUCGGCACUUGUUCUCGAUCCCGGGUACUGCAGCACGCGCGCCGGCUUCGCAGGCGAGGAUCACCCAAAGCUGGUCAUCCCUACGCCCUAUCACCAUAUCAACGGGCGAGAUCUAUUCGGCGACCCCAUCGUCACACCGCGUGCUGGGUUUGAAGUUCGCCACUAUAUGAACCGCGACAGCGUGGUCGAGGACUGGGACGCCGCCACUCGCGCAUGGGAGUACCUGCUAGUGCAGCGCCUGCAACCGCCGCGACCGACCCCUCCGAGCAAAAACCGCCUGAACGUGGGCGACGACGGUGAUGUAGAGAUGGGAGAGGACGGCGCUGCAGCGGACGCUACCGAUGCGCUCGAGAAACCGCUCGCAGAGAACCCGCUUCUCAUGGCCGAGGCACCGUGGAACCCGCCCAAGGCCCGCGAGAAGGCGAUCGAGGUGUGCAUGGAGACUUGGGGCUGCCCCGCCUUCUGGCUCGGCCGGACCCCCGUCCUGUCUUCUUUUGCCGCCGGCAAGCCGACGGCCCUCGUGGUCGACGUUGGCGGCGCCAACAUCAGCGUGGCAGCCGUUCACGACGGGAUACUCCUUAAGAGGUCCGUCCAACGGUCGCCGGCCGCCGGUGUCUGGCUGAGCAGCCAGAUACGCUCCAUGUGGAAGACCAACGAGCCGAAAGUCGACGUCGUGCCUUUCUUCAUGGUCGAGAGCAAGAAGCCCGUCGAGGCCGGCGCCCCCCCAGAUGCAAGGCUGCGCACCUUCGACUUCCCGAUUUCCGACUCGUUCCGUGCCUUCGAGGAGGAGCGCGUCGUCAAGGAGUUCAAGGAGUCGGUUGUGGAAGUAUGGCGUGGACCGGGACGCUUCAUGGCUCCGGGCAACGAGGACUAUGCCAAGUCCCAGCCGGGCCGCGUCUUUGAGAUGCCGGACGGCGCCAACCAGAUGUGGCGCGAGCAGCGCUACCGCGUGGCCGAGGGCAUGUGGGAUGAAGCGGCGGCGUAUCCCGCGGCUUCCGCCGACGAGCCAAACCCGUCCAAAGCGCAGACCAUUCCCGCCCUGAUCAAGGCUGCUCUAGACGGAGUCGACGUUGACCUACGGCCUAACCUGUUGAGCAACGUCGUAGUCACGGGGAGCACGAGCUUGCUGAACGGGUUCAACGACCGGCUCAACCAGGAGCUCACAGCCAUGUACCCCGGUGUGAGGAUUAAGAUCCACGCUGCCGGCUUCACUAGCGAGAGAAGGCAUGGUGCCUGGAUUGGAGGGAGCAUCCUGGCUAGCUUGGGAACCUUCCAUCAGAUGUGGAUUUCUAGACACGAGUACGAUGAGAACGGCCCGAGCAUCGUGGAGAAGCGCUGCAAGUAGGGAGGCGGUCUGAUCUCGAAGGAGCAACGGAAAUUCCUUGAAGAACGAGAGCUAAUGCGCCUGGAGCACGACUGGAAGGAAGAGGAGGGGACAGUGUGGACGACCUCUCACACUAAGGAAGGGGUCGAUUGUCAUGGUUAAAGGACUAAAGAGGCGUACGGACGGUCAAAACUU